AUGGCAAAAGGCGGGAGACAGAAAACCAAAGCUAAACAAGCCGAAGAACCCACAUCCAGACUCUCUAAAGCUCAGACCAGUGCUUCGUCUAAGAAGAAACAAGGUUCGAAUGUACGAGAUGAAGAAUCAGAGGCCCUCUUCGAGCAACAUGCACCUCCUCCAACGCAUCACGACGGUUCUGCUACUCCAGCCAUGACGACCAGGCCUAUGCCUGGUCAAGACCAAGACCUAGGCUGGCCAGCACCGUCCGACACAGGCGGAGGUGGUGGAGGAUGGGCAGGAGGGAUGGCAGGGGGCUGGAACCAGGACUGGGAAUCGCCCACCAACGCCGACUUUAACACCCAAGGGUAUCCUCCGCCCCCCGUGCCUUCAAAAUCCCCCGCACCAUUUCCGCAACACAACAUAACUACUUUGGGAACGAUUCCGGAAGGUAGUGUGAGGCAUUCUGCUUCGAUAAGAAGUACGGAUGGUCCUCACGAUUACGGGUUUCAACACUACGGUGACCAGCGCCAGGGACACGAUCAACACCCCAACGACCAUGAUCAGGGCAACAACUUAAACACCAACCCUCCUGCUUCCAACCUCAACACCUGGGAAGUCCCCCAAACAGCGACGACCAAUACGGCAACGCCCUCCGUCCAAAUCCCUUCCUCUCCCAAAGCGAAUGAAAUGGCGGUAAUACAGGCUACAGCCGCCAACGCCUCCCUCGCACUCGCUGAACACCAAAAAUCCAGGCAGAAAGCUACAUCCGCAAGCGAAGCCGCCAAACGUACCGAAUCUAAAACUGCUAACGGCAACCGAGAUUCUUUCUGGUCACGGACGCAUCAAAUUGCAGCUGAGAAUUCUAGGGGGAUUUUCUAUCCUGAAGGAGCUCGGGAGGAUGGGGAUAGGGAUGGGUUUAUGAGUCACGGAAUGCAUGGUGCGCCGGGACAUGGGCAUCAUCCUCCUGGGAUGAUGCGGGAAGGCAGUGGUGGUGGUACAGGUCCUCAGAUCUCGGAUAACCAUCUUGGCAAGACGAGAGCUGCGCCGAUAAACCAAAUGACGACUCAACCUGCCUGGAUGCAAUGGGGGAACCCGAAUAAGCCUCGACAGCAACAAGCUCAACCUCAACCUCAACAUCAGUACCCCGGGCAUGGUGUUCCCCCACCGAAUUCCCAACCGCAGACGAAGCACCAGAAAGGGCCCAGCUGGACGAAAUGGGGCAAAAUGGCGCCCGCUCAUCCGCCGCCUCCGCCUCCACAGCAGCAGCAACACUACCAACCACACCGUCAGCAUGCAUUUGAGCGCUAUAUUCCACAGAGCGACGAUAGCAGCGAAGACGAUGAGGAUGAAUGGGAGGAAGUGGGUGAUUGGGGAGCAGGUGGAGGACAUGGGGGCGGCGGAGGAUGGGGCCAACCUGCGCAUUCCAGACAAGGCGGUCAUGGAUGGGAACACCAAGGCGGCGUAGGCCGUGGUCACUCGAUCGCGCCUAGCUCGGCUGGAUGGGGAGAACAACCGCGAGGAAGACCGCGGAGUGGGGGCGGUGGGGGCAUGCAUCCGGCCGCUGCAGCGAUGGGCCGCGGGAGAGGCGGUGGAGGCGGUUGGGGAGGUGCGCCUUCAGUUGGAGGGUGGGGAGGUGCAGGAGCAUGGGACGACGCAUCGACGGUCCAAGGCUAUGAUGAUCCAUGGGGAAGUAACCCUCACGCGACCAAGAAAGCUCACCAUAACCAUAACUCUGGAGCCUGGGGUGCAGCGCCAGCUGCCCACGACGGGCCGUGGGGCGGCACGGUUGGCGGUGGAGGAACCUCCAAGGUAUAUCCUUCCUCUAUAAUGGAGGACGCUGGUGCAGGUUAUACACGAAAUGACGUGUCCCCGCACGAGCGCUCUCAGAUCUUCAAUACAAUGCUUAACGGUGCUGUUCUUGAGCAGAAACUUAAGAAAUCACAUCACGGUCAUGGGCAUUCUAUGGAUGGACACGGAGACGGAGAUGGAUGGGGGAAUUCUAAUGCAUGGGGCGAUGGCGGUGGUGAUGGCGCAUGGGGAGGAGGCCAACCGAUAAAAGAGAAAGAAAAGGAUAAGAAGAAAAAGAAGAAAGAAAGUGGAAAGUGGACUUCUAUGUGGGGAGGUAGAGGGCGCGACCAGGAUGCCGGCAGUGGAUGGGGAAAUCAGGCGGGCGAUAAUGGAUGGGGUGCCCCGAUUGACGACAAGAAGUCCAAGAAGAAGAAAAAGCCGUCCAAGAAGGGCGUCCAAGAGGAGGCUGAUACAGGGGGUUGGGGUGACGGUGGAGGUGGGUGGGAUGAGGGGUGGGGGAAACCUACCAACUCAAAGAAACAAGACUAUAGCGGCGGCGGUUACGAUGACUGGGGCGGAGGAGGAGGGUGGGGAGAUGAUGGUUACGAUUCUGAAUCCGGUGCUGGGUGGGAUCCGGACCAUGGCGGCCACCCUGCAGAUAAGAGCUGGGGUGCUUGGGAGACGGCAGGCGACUCUAAACCCAAGAAGAAAGGCAAAGUAGACGAUCCUUGGGGCGCCUCCGGCGGUGGAAUGGGAUGGGGGGACGAAGACAAAGAAAACCGUGGCGGGGUGCGUUUUGCAGGCGGCCGGAAUUCAGGUGCAAUGUGGGGAGGUGGUCCCGCGAGUCAGGUGGCGGACAUGGGUAUGCAGUCCAAAACGAUGCUCCAUGCGUCGAAAGGAAUGCAUAAUACACCAAAACCUGAAUCCCAUCCUCUCCCGAAUGUACCUGGUGCUAUCCAGUUUCUUGAAUCCGGAGGAGAGGCUAUCGAUGUGGCCAAGAAGGCGUUUUAUGGGUCAGCUAAGAGACCUGCGAAGGAGAGGUUUCAUUGGAUGUUCGCUCCCCAGAACGAUCAGCGUGUUAUGGCUAUAAUGAAUUAUAUCCAAAAGGCCUCGCAGUACCUAGCUGCAUUCGGGCUCCAGAAAUUUCUCCAUUCACGAGAGCGAGGCGCUCUUUUUGUCAACGCCGCCUUCCGUCUACCCGGGCAGCUUGAUCAACCGGUCUUUGACUGGCUCACGUUCCCCGAACUCCAAUCAACGAUGGACAAAACGCUACAAGAAUCCGUAGCUUUCUACGACCCAGCUACUGUCGUCAUUAUCUUCGUAUUUCUCGCCUCUCCUACAGGUAACAGUGUGGCCAUAUGGAGAAGAAAGGUGCCUAUCCCGCCAGCUGUGACUCAGGUGAUGCAGAGGGACAUUGGGUUAGUUAAGACGGGUUUGCGACCGGAGAGCGAGUAUGUUGUUUAUGUCGAAGAAAUACCGCCUCGCGAUCGCCGAAGCAAAGCCCGACCAGCGUCGAAAAGUGCACCUCAUGCGCCUCUCCCUGCACAGCCCACGUCUAUCCCUGUUCCGAUCCAUGCAGUACAGUCGCAUAAACCACAUGUGGUCGUUAAGAAGCCAAGUAUGCACAGCGCGUCGGGCAAGAAGGCCACUAUCGUUCCGGCGACCCCUGCUUCUUUGGCCGCAGCGGCAGCGGCAGCGAGUAAGGCUCAGGCAAAGGGCAAAGGCAAGGUGGAGGUGAAGAAGAAACGCAAGUGGUGGCAGUUUUUCAAGGGUUCAUCGUAA